UCGACCGUGCAGCAGUUGAGUUUCGUGCCGCUAGUUUGAAGAUCAAGCAGUAAUGCCUACGCCAACGCUAUACUACGCCCCUCUGAGCCCGCCGGCUCGUGCAGUGCUCUUGCUCAUCAAGGAGCUAGGGCUAACGGUGAAUCUAAAGGAAGUUAAUGUGUUGGCCGGUGAAACUCGUACCGAGGAGUUUAUGCGCAUGAACCCCGAGCACACCAUCCCAACGCUGGACGACAAUGGGUUCUACCUGUGGGAGUCUCGUGCCAUCCUUACCUAUCUGAUCGAUGCCUACCGACCAGGACACACGCUCUAUCCAAACAUACCUCGCGAAAAGGCACAAAUCAAUCGCGUGCUGCAUCACGAUCUUGGCUCGUUCUAUCCUAAAUUCUUCGGUGUCGUUGGCAAGCUCUUUAUGGGCACCGUAACCGAACUGUCGGAGGAAAUGAUAACGGAGGCUAAGAAAGCAUUAACUGAUUUAGAGAGCUACAUUAUUCGGAAUGACUUUUUCGCCGGUGAGAACGUGACCGUUGCCGAUCUAUCGUUGCUUCCGACCAUUAACUCAGCGGUGCACUGUGGACUGGAUUUGACCAAGUAUCCCCGGCUGAACGCAUGGUAUCAGUCCUGCCGCAAGGAGGUAAAAGGAUUCGCGGAAGAUGAAGCAAUAUCGGUGCAGCUAGGAGAAUUUUUCCGCACCAAGGCGCCCAACGGACUUGCGGCAUUGAAUUAAGCUGAGCGAGUAUGAGUGAGCGUGUCGAUUUCGUAUCUGGGUGGCUACCUAAAUCUAGUACGCUGCCGAAAGUGAGAUAAGACGUGUCUGACCGAAACCUCUGAAACCUAUUUUGCUACUACUUUGAACGAGCUCAAGACCGAGAGAUAAAAUAUACAGUCGGCUCGCAGGUGCUAUGCGAGUCACGAGAGACCAUUGUUUGGCCAAUGCCCGAAAUACAACAAAAUCAAACUAUAUACAUGAUCUGUGUUAAGACAUUUUGAAUUAUUUCAUUCACGGAUCAACAUCAAUUAUGCUUCCUAUUGAAUCAUUAUUUAUAAGUAUGCCUAGUUAC